AGAGUGUUCAUUAUGAUCAGACGUGGUGAAGCAGUGGGUCAGUGUGGGUUCAGCUCUAAUACAGUCUUUGGAUUAAUGUGUGGGUUCUGGUCCUCAGUAAGAAUGAGGGUGUGUUUUCUUCUCCUCCUCAUACAGCUUCAUAUCACUGAUGGCUGCAGACUGGAAGGAAAUAGAGAGACAAAAGAGAUCACUGCAUACACAGGAGACUCAGUACUGCUGCCCUGCUCCUGCACUGACCUCCACACCAAACCUCAGAACUUCAGAUGGGAGAAAGAGACUAAUACACGAGUACAGAUAUCUCCUGAGAGUGAACAGUACAAAGACAGAUUUCAGCUGGUUAAUGAUCACAGUUCAGGAAAUCUCUCUCUGCUCAUAUCACACCUGACUGUAGAGGAUGGAGGAUAUUACAGGUGUGACACAGAGAGUGAACACAGAGUCAUCAGACUCACUGUUGAAGGUUGCACACUGAAUCAUGAGACAGUGGAUGUGACUGGAUAUGUGGGACAUUCUGUUCUUCUGCCCUGCUCCUGCUCUCAACUACAAGCCAAACCACAAACUCUCACAUGGACCAUUUAUAAAGAAUCUAAUUUCAAAGAAAUCUUCCCAAAGGACCAGACAAAUCACUACACACACAGAGUUCAGCUCUUUAAUGAUCAUCCUCCAGGAAAUCUCUCUCUACUCAUAUCACACCUGACUGUAGAGGAUGGAGGAUUUUACAGGUGUGACAUCAUCAACAGCAUUAAGGACAUCAAACUCACAGUAAGAGAGGCUCCAAAAAGACCUUCACCAUCCACAACAAUCCAGACCACUGCUGAACCAGAGUCUCUUCCCUACUUCCCCUUCGCUGUGGUGACUGUGAUCUUUCUGCACAUCAUUGUGGCUGUGGUUUACUGUUCCACCAAAAAGAAAGGUCCUAAUACAGUUCAAUACAGCAGAGGUGAUGGAGAUGGAACAGUGAGUCUACAGUAGAGAAGAUCAACAGAACACAUGUAACAGCAGCACCUGAUUAACAGUCCAGAGAGCAACUUGGUCCACAAGAUGGAAGCUUUGCUGAUCUGUUGUUCUUAGCAUAUUGUAGAAUCUAUUUAAAAUCCUUCUCUUUUUUCCUUAUGUAGUUAAAAGGACAAAAUUAUGCACAAUUCUAAAUACCUCCAAUUUAGUUGUUCUCCAUUUUCUCUCCAGAUUACGGCUGUUCUCUUGAGGGCAUGCGCAUGACUAUUAUACCAUGCUGCAGAUGUUUUUUCUCUUACCAUUUUUAAUCUGAUGGGGCAAUGGUCUCUAAUGUGCCAGUGAGGAUAGUGUCUAUGUUGUUAGUCUUUUAUCAAGAUCAUUAGCAUUUAGAGGUUUAGUGAGAAAUUGGGAUAGAUAAUCAGUGUGUAAAGAGUCAGCACUUGAUGAAUAUAAAACCUAAUUUAGAACUCAGGAAGUCUGUCACCCUCUCAGAUUUUACCUGAACAGUUCUAUUAAGCUGUAAAUGCACUAAUUAUGAAAUAAUCCAGAAAGAGUCUCAUAACAUUUGAAUUCUAAUAGUUUAACACUUAAAUUUGUCAAAUUUAAUUGACUCGUUUGGUUAUAUGUGUGGGAAUUAUGUGAACAGUCUUUGUUUUACCAGCAGGGGGCAGAAGAGGUCAGUGGGUUUGCUUU